UUGUUUUUAAAAGUUGCACACUGAAAAGGUUUCUGCCUUUACAGCUUCAGGCAUUUUGAAUGUGACAAUCAGUGGAGAUCAUUCACACCAUUGAAUAAAAGUUGAUUUUACAUGUCAGGACUGGACAUGUUGCAGCUCCUGCACGUUGCGGUGUUGUGGUUCUACCUUCUCCUCCCGUCAAUGCUCUGUGACAACCUGCGCUGCUACUACAGCUACAUCCAGGAGAAGGGGAGAACUGUUGAGCUCAUUGUGACAGAGUGCCCCCCUAAUGAGCUGUGCUUCAAGGCCGAUGGUCGCUAUGGUAACCACAGCGUCCUGUCAGCCAGGGGCUGCAUGGCGGAGGGUGACUGCAGCCAGGUGCACAGCCUUACCAGUAAAGGAACCAUCUACAAAAUGACCUACAACUGCUGUGAUUGGCCAUACUGUAACUCCUGCCCAGGUGUCACACCUAAAUCCCUCUACUUUACUGUAACACUUGUAGUUGUAGCUGCGUUGGCCAGCCGCCUGUGACAACUGAUGUGCUACUGUAUGUAACAGCCAUUUUUAGGGGCUUAUGUCAAGGGGGAAGAUGUAUUGUUCAACACCAAGUGAGCAGUGCUCAGAGGCAUCUCUGCAGCCUCAGGGUGGU